AUGUUGAUCACCAAAGAGUUUCGCGACGUCCCUUCUCAACUCAACGGAGGAAAGCCAAUCAGGAUCUUCAUCAUUUCACCAGUCGUUCCAAACUACCCCCAAGCAAAGUUUCCAGGCGUCGUUUGCUUCAGUGAGAUCUACCAAGUUACCGGUCCUGUAGAACGAUAUGCUGGGCAGAUCGCCAGCCAAGGAUAUGUUGUUGCGUGUCCUUCCGUCUACCAUGAGUUUGAAGGCCCCGAAGCAAUCCCUUACGAUACGGAAGGAACCGAUCGAGGGAACAGGUACAAGAUAGAGAAAGAGAUCGCGGGUUAUGACGAGGACUUGACUCUCACUGUUGACCUGCUGACUUCUCUCAGCAACUGCAACGGUCGCAUCGCAGCAACUGGAAUGUGCCUUGGAGGUCAUCUUGCAUUCCGGGCCGCUUUCGAUCCUCGCGUCCUUGCCUCCUUCUGUUUCUUCGCGACUGACAUCCACAGCGCCACCUUGGGCAAGGGAAAACAAGACAACACCCUCAUCAGAGUCCGGAACGGCGAUCUAGAAGGCAAAGAAGUUGUGAUGAUCUUCGGAAAACAAGACACGCAUGUUCCCCGCGAAGGACGGGACCUCAUUCGCAAAACCCUCGAGGACGCGAAUGUCACAGCAACCUUCAUCGAGGUGCAAGCCCAGCACGCUUUCAUUCGCGACGAAAGCUCCAAGGGCCGAUGGGACGCCGCGUUGACUCGUUCUAUGUUCACGUUCCUGCUGGAAGUGUUCGAAAGGACCGUCGGAAGGGACUUGGGCCCUCGAGUGGGCAACCAGGCAGAGCCCGAGCACGUCUGUUAG